GCGCGUCAGCACAUGACAACUUCCGCUUAUGAAAAGCGGAAAGAUAAAUGUCUUUUUGAGCUUAUCUCGAUGACGGAAUACUUUUAGCGGCCUAGGCGCUAACGCCAUGGACACGGAUAAGCCAGCAAAGCUGGAGUUCGCGGUGCAGAUGACGUGUGAGGCCUGUCGAGAUCAAGUCAAAGCUGCUCUUGAACACCAAGCAGGCAUCUAUUCUGUCAGCGUGGAUGUCGGCGAAGGACGGGUCCUGGUGGAGACAUCCCUGAGCAGUGGCGAGGUGCAGGCCUUGAUUGAGAGCACCCAUCGUCAGGCUAUCCUCAAGGGCAUGGGAAGCUUCGAGGAGCAAAGAGACCUGGGCGCCGCCGUGGCCAUGUUAGCCGGCAAGGAAGGGCGGGUCCAGGGAGUGGUGCGCUUUCUGCAGCUGUGCGAAGAGCGCUGCCUGAUCGACGGCACCAUCGACGGCUUGGAGCCCGGAGCCCACGGCCUCCACGUACACGCGCUCGGCGACCUCACGGACGACUGCCUCAGCACGUUGGCGAUCUGGGAAAUAUUCUCGCUGGACCUGAAGGCAGAGCGUCGUUCAGACUGGAGGACAGCCAGCUUAAAGUACCGCGCGCGCACACACACACACACACGCACACGCGCGAUAUCGCAAACUCUCGGUCAAGGCGUUGGUGACCGGCUGCAGGUCUGGGAUGUGAUCGGGCGGUCUCUGGUGGUGGACGCCGGGCCGGACGACCUGGGCCGCGGUGGGCAUCCGCUCUCCAAGCUGACGGGAAACUCCGGUGCCAGGCUGGCGUGCGGCAUCAUCGCCAGGUCGGCGGGCCUCUUCCAGAACCCCAAGCAAGUGUGCGCCUGCGACGGACUCACGCUGUGGGAGGAGCGAGAGCGGCCCAUCGCCGGGAAAGGGCGCAGCAACCUCUGACGCCGGAUCGCGCAUGAAGAUACGGCCGAGCCGAUAGAAAGCGGUCACCGUGCCACAAAACGUCCGCUGUUUUAAAGCUCCAGAAAACAUUGACAGUCACAAGUCCUGUUCAAAGUUCUCGAGGCCACGGGUGGGCAAACGCUUGUGUUCCAGCGCCAUAUUGGACUUGUCAAAUGGCUUGAUGGAAAAUUCGACUCAAGACACUUCUGUCAACUGCUGGUUUUUUUUUCCCAUUAAAAGAGAGGUCUGAACAAUU